GUAGCUGUUUUCUGUUUUUUGAGUGGAUUAACUCACAUAGGCAAUGGAAUAACAGCUGAUUCUUCUCUUUAGGAGGAUUUGACCGUCUGGAACAUGCAUACUAAGCUCUGCAGUUCUGGGCUGUGCCAGCGGAUCCUUUAAAGGAAGAGCUAUGGCUGCCGCAGCAGCUUCUCACCUGAACCUGGAUGCCCUCCGGGAAGUGCUGGAAUGCCCCAUCUGCAUGGAGUCCUUCACAGAGGAGCAGCUGCGGCCCAAGCUCCUGCACUGUGGCCAUACCAUCUGUCGCCAGUGCCUGGAGAAGCUGCUAGCCAGUAGCAUCAACGGUGUCCGCUGUCCCUUCUGCAGCAAGAUCACCCGCAUAACCAGCCUGACCCAGCUGACAGACAACCUGACGGUGCUGAAGAUCAUUGACACAGCUGGGCUCAGCGAGGCCGUGGGUCUGCUCAUGUGCCGGGCCUGUGGGCGGCGGCUCCCUCGGCAGUUCUGCCGGAGCUGUGGUGUGGUGUUAUGUGAGCCCUGCCGGGAGGCGGACCACCAGCCCCCUGGCCACUGCACCCUCCUCGUCAAAGAGGCGGCUGAGGAGCGGCGUCAGGACUUCGGAGAGAAGUUGGCCCGCCUGCGGGAGCUUACGGGGGAGCUGCAGCGGCGGAAGGUGGCCUUGGAAGGCGUGUCCAAGGACCUCCAGGCAAGGUAUAAGGCAGUUCUCCAGGAGUACGGGCACGAGGAGCGCCGGGUCCAGGAGGAGCUGGCUCGCUCGCGGAGGUUCUUCACAGGCUCGUUGGCGGAGGUUGAGAAGUCCAAUGGUCAGGUGAUAGAGGAGCAGAGCUACCUGCUUAACAUUGCGGAGGUGCAGGCCGUGUCUCGCUGUGACUACUUCCUGGCCAAGAUCAAGCAGGCAGAUGUAGCCCUGCUGGAGGAGACAGCUGAUGAGGAGGAGCCAGAGCUCACCGCCAGCCUGCCACGGGAGCUGACCCUACAGGACGUGGAGCUCCUUAAGGUCGGCCAUGUCGGUCCCCUCCAAAUUGGGCAGGCUGUCAAGAAGCCCCGGACGGUCAACAUGGAAGAUUCCUGGGAUGUGGAGGCUGCAGCCUCGGCUGCCUCUACCUCUGUUACUUUUAGAGAGAUGGACCUGAGCCCUGAGGGAGUGGUCGCCAGCCCUAAGGCCUCUCCGGCUAAGCUGCGGGGCUCUGACAUGGCUGCCAACAUCCAGCAGUGUCUCUUUCUUAAGAAGAUGGGGGCCAAGGGCAGCACGCCAGGCAUGUUCAACCUUCCUGUUAGUCUCUGUGUGACCAGUCAAGGCGAGGUCCUGGUUGCUGACCGUGGCAACUACCGUAUACAAGUCUUCACGCGCAAAGGCUUUCUGAAGGAGAUCCGUCGCAGCCCCAGUGGCAUUGAUAGCUUUGUGCUGAGCUUCCUUGGGGCUGAUCUGCCCAACCUCACUCCCCUCUCAGUGGCCAUGAACUGCCACGGGCUGAUUGGUGUGACUGACAGCUAUGACAACUCCCUCAAGGUAUACACCUUGGAUGGCCACUGCGUGGCCUGUCACAGGAGCCAGCUGAGCAAACCCUGGGGCAUCACAGCCCUUCCAUCUGGCCAGUUCGUGGUGACUGAUGUGGAAGGCGGGAAGCUCUGGUGCUUCACUGUUGACCGAGGGGCAGGGGUGGUCAAAUACAGCUGCCUCUGUAGUGCCGUGCGGCCCAAGUUUGUCACCUGUGAUGCUGAGGGCACUGUCUACUUCACCCAGGGCUUGGGCCUUAAUCUGGAGAAUCGGCAGAAUGAGCACCACCUGGAGGGGGGCUUCUCCAUUGGCUCUGUGGGCCCUGAUGGGCAGCUGGGUCGCCAGAUUAGCCACUUCUUCUCCGAGAACGAGGACUUCCGCUGCAUCGCUGGCAUGUGUGUGGACGCCCGUGGUGAUCUCAUCGUGGCUGAUAGCAGUCGCAAGGAAAUUCUCCACUUCCCUAAGGGUGGGGGCUACAGUGUCCUCAUUCGAGAGGGGCUUACCUGUCCAGUGGGCAUCGCCCUCACUCCUAAGGGGCAGCUGCUGGUCUUGGACUGUUGGGAUCAUUGCAUCAAGAUUUACAGCUAUCAUCUGAGACGAUAUUCUACUCCUUAGGGGGUGAGGAGAUCAGUUUCUGCUUCUCAGCCAGUUUCUCUUUUCCUUAUUCCUUGGUGGUUGGCAGUAGUGUAGAAUAGACUUGGCUUAUGUCCUCAUUGCAGCUGGCUAGUCGUGGAAUUUUUGAUGCCCUGUCUUUAGUGUUUCUUAUUUGCAUUAUUUCCCCUGCUAAAUUUAGAGCCAAAUAGGACACGUGCUGUGGGGUUAGCCGAACUUUGGUUAGAACUUAGGCACUUCCAGGCUUCAGCAGAGAGCCUUCUGCCCCUGUAUUUGAAAUUUGCCCUUGUUGAUUCUCCUCUUUUGACUCUGAUAAUCCUUGUCCAUUAUUUCCUUCCUGUUAGAAUAUUCAUCAUGUGUGGCACUUUCUCCUCAACUCUGCUGCAUUUAGUGUGCAUGCUCCAGGGGGAUCUCCUCCCCCUCCCGGUGACAUUUCAGGUAUCGUAUCCCGGUGGCAUGAUGUCCCGACCCUGGUCACCUUUACCAGUGUGAAAGCUCAUUCAUUGCCACCAAAGGAGAUAAACAAUCCCUUUGAGAGGCAUUGCCUCUUGGCUCUAUAGAGGUUUUGUGCCAGUGACAGAAUGGAUUGAUCCUAGUUGGUUGGUCAAGGACUUUAGCCUGGGAUUGCUUGCCUUUGAAAGGACCAUAUGGAUUGGAAUUAUGUCAAUGUGUAGGAAGAUGGGAAUAAACAAAUGAAAUGCUAA